AUGCAAUUACGAUUCAAGGCCAGAGGCUACUGGAAAGUGUGGAAACUGACGGGCAUCUGGCUUUUUAUGGCACUGAUAUGGACAUCAGGAACAAAAUUAAGAACGAGAUCUCGUAGGGCAAAUUCGUUCGCCUACUCAAAUAUUGAUACCAGUAAGGACUCUGUUUUCAUUGAAGGGUGUGUGGACUUUCAAUUGUAUCGGCAGCAACCGGAAUAUGCUGCGCAAAACGCGACUUUCGUGAUGCUGACGCGAAACGAAGAACUUAGAGGAGUUUUGGCAACCAUAAGAAGCAUGGAAAGGCACUUUAAUCAAUGGUACCAGUAUCCGUAUGUGCUUCUCAAUAAUGAGCCGUUUGACUCGGAAUUUAUUCGUCAGGUAACGGCAGCUACCAGAGCUAAAGUGCACUUUGGCGUGUUGAGCGAGCUCGAGUGGGACUUCCCGCCCGAAGUUCGCGAAAAACUGGUCUUCAGGGAAAGCAUAGAGGACCAAGGCGAUCGUGGGAUCAUGUAUGGGAAUUUGGAAUCGUAUCACAAAAUGUGUCGAUUUUACGCGGGAGCCUUCUAUAAGCAUUCGUUGGUAGCGCAAUACGAGUGGUACUGGAGAAUCGAACCUGACGUUGAGUUUUUCUGCGACUUGACCUACGAUCCGUUCUACGAGAUGAGCCGCCGCGGGAAAAAAUAUGGGUUCACGGUUUUCAUCGGAGAACUGUACUGGACGGUGCCCAAUCUAUUUCGACACACUCGAAGUUUUAUAAGGAAGAACAAGGUCAAGAUGGGGACCUUGUGGCCUCUGGUAGUGCGAUCUUACAACACAGAUUUCGAUGAUGACGAAGUCCUUAGGAGAUUCAUCAAUUUUGAUAGUGAAGUGGAACCAGAGUUGUCGAAGGAACUAAAAAUCCAGCAGUUACUUGAGAAUGUGAAAAAGGCGAAAUCUCAAGAUGUGGAUCGCGAGGCCCUCGAGCUUUUGAUUGAACGUGCCUCCAGGAAACCCCCCAUUUUGGAAGACAAGUUUGACGGCGAAGAAUUCAAUUUGUGUCAUUUUUGGAGCAAUUUCGAAAUUGCCCGUGUAGACAUCUUCAGUACAGGCUUGUAUUCAGACUACUUCAAGUUUCUGGAGGAGAGUGGUGGGUUUUGGUCCGAAAGAUGGGGAGACGCUCCGGUCCAUACCUUGGGCUUGGGCAUGAUGCUUGACGUUGAAGACGUGCACUAUUUCCGCGAUAUUGGUUAUCAGCAUUCUACUCUGGCGCAUUGUCCGAUAAACAAAGCUGGACGACAGCUUCCAUAUGUGGAGAAUGUGGAGUACCAAGGUCUUUUGCGUGGUGGCAACAUGGUCCAAAAAGUACUCAAGGACCUCAGUAGGGUGCAGGAGCCCGAAAAACAGUACGGAGUUGGAUGUCGGUGCAAAUGUCCCAGGAAGAGAGAUAUUGAAGACACCAGUCAGUGUUUUCGCAACUGGUACGACUUGACUAGUGGAGAUCGGUAG